GCAGCUCCAGAGAAGCCUGUAGCAGCCAUCGGCGUGUGAGGCGGGGCCCCAGGGGCCUGGUUAGACCUUGUGCGAUUGAGUUGGGGAAAAGGCCUGGGUUUCAUAUCAAGGAACCAGAGGCUGAUAGAAAUCUAGCGAUGCUGAUGUCCCUCCUCGUUGUCCCCUGGCCACACGGUCCUCUGGAAAGUCUGCACCCCCAGCCUGGGGUCUUCAUGGGGCUCUCUGAGAGUCUGAUCAAAGCACAAGUCCGUCCCUGUCUGACAGUGUACAUGUGUGCACACGUGCCUGCACACACAGCUUUGCAUUGUUUUUUUUAGGGGGAGGGGGGGUCACAGAUUCCCCAAAACCUGUCUGUGGUCCCUGGACCCCAGGGGGAGCCUCUGAUUGAAAAUCUCUCGGGUCUGCCGCCGUUGGGAGGCUUGAUUCCACAGCAUUGGCUACAAGCGCCCCCUGGGCUGCUUGGAGCCCAUCCUCCAGCACCCAGCAAGUCGGGGUUCCCAACGCUCUUUGUCCUCGGCCCCCAGCCACCCCCACACCUGGAGGGACUUCCGGAGGCUGGGAGUGGUCACCCGUACCCGCCGGCCUGGGCCGGCUCCCGAGGGUGGCCAGGGGUAGGGCAGCGCUGGCUUUCCCCUGCCCGCCGGGCACACACACAGUUAAUCCUCGGCGGCUGCUGUUUGGAUAAUACGCACUGGGAGCGUUGGAGGCUCCGCGGCCCCGCUCACAUCUGGCUGGGGUUUGCUCUUUACGAGUCUGUCCCGCUCUCUUCAGCUCUUCCUUUACUUUCGAGAAACCGCGCUUCCGCUUCUGGCCAGAGAGACCUUGGAACAGAGGAGGUCAAGGUGCCGGGAAGGCAGGGACCGGCGGGUGGCUGCCCCCGCGCCCCCCCCCCCCCGCCCCGAUUCUGCACCUUCUUCCCGGAGGACUUUUUCCUUCCUUCUCGCUCUCUCCGCUGACCAGGCUGUUCUGCCCCCUCCGACCUGGCUGGGAGGAGGCUACGACGCUGCUGGGAGAUGCUCUAAGCCUGAGAGGCCGCCCCAGGACGCUGGCCGGAGCAGGGCGCGCGGGAACAUGGGCUCCCGGGGACUGAGACUCGGGCUGGCGAGCUGCCUGCUGCUGGUCUUCGCCUGUGGCCCGGUGCUGGGCCGUGCGCCGCGCGGCCCACAGGAGCUGCAGGAGCAGGAGGGGACCGAGGAGCCGCCGCUGGACCACGCGGAGAGGGAUGAAAAGAACCAUGAAAAAUACAGCCCCAGGCAGGGGGAGGACGAGCCCGCUUCCCGAUGCUUCCGCUGCUGUGACCCCGGCACGCCCUUGUACCAGGCCAUCCCGGUGCCGCAGAUCAACAUCACCAUCCUGAAAGGUGAGAAGGGUGACCGAGGAGACCGAGGCUUGCAGGGGAAAUACGGCAGAACGGGCUCCGCGGGCGCCAGGGGCCACACGGGCCCCAAAGGGCAGAAAGGGUCCAUGGGGGCCCCCGGGGACCGCUGCAAGAACCACUACGCCGCCUUCUCGGUGGGCCGGAAGAAGCCCCUCCACAGCAACGACUACUACCAGACGGUGAUCUUCGACACGGAGUUCGUGAAUCUCUACGGCCACUUCAACAUGUUCACCGGCAAGUUCUACUGCUACGUGCCGGGCAUCUACUUCUUCAGCCUCAACGUGCACACCUGGAACCAGAAGGAGACGUACCUGCACAUCAUGAAGAACGGGGAGGAGGUGGUGAUCCUGUUCGCCCAGGUGAGCGACCGCAGCAUCAUGCAGAGUCAGAGCCUGAUGCUGGAGCUGCGGGACCAGGACGAGGUGUGGGUGCGUCUCUUCAAGGGCGAGCGGGAGAACGCCAUAUUCAGCGACGAGUUUGACACGUACAUCACCUUCAGCGGCUACCUGGUCAAGCACGCCCUGGAGCCCUAGCCCCGCCGACCCCGCGUGUCCCCCCCCCCCCGCCCCGGGGAGGGGUGGGGGGCACGGGUCUCCUGCAGCCCCUCCCCCAGGCCUGGCUUCCCCACCUCACUGCCCAGCUUCGGCCCUCCACACCACGCCCCUCGCUGAAGGGGAAGCGGAAUCGGCUUCCAGGCCUUGGGGGCUCCCGGGUGGGCUCACCGGGUGGGCACCUGCGAGGGGGGGGGCGGCUCCCCUCCAUGCACGUAUCCCCAGGCGACCCAGCAGGCGCCCGCGGCCACGGGGCAGGGUGUCCCAGAGUCAUCCCGCUCCCUCCCGUGGCUGGAAGUAAUUAAGGAAAUUGUAACGUUUGUGAAAGAAGCAAGAGGGAGGCGUUGUGAUUCUUGCCUUCCCACCGGCCGCACCGGUUCCCUGGGGAGGCCGUUCGAGCUUGAGCUUGUGUGAGCCUCCUGCUAGAGGACACCCGACGUGGACGCUGUGGGCCACGGGGGAGGGGGGCGGAGGGCGUGGGACCCUCCUCGGCCAUUCAUGAGCCUUCUUUGGCAACCGCUGGACUGACAUCCACGUCCUGGGGUCGGCACGGCCUUGCCCCGAGGGUUCGGCUGGACUGUGUGAGCCACAACAGCG